GCCGGGCCGGGCCGGCGCCUGCGUCCCGCGGGCAUCCCGGCUCCUGAUUGCCGGUUCCUGAUUCCCGGCUCCUGAUUCCCGGCUCCUGGGUGCUGCCUGUGCCCGCCGCCGGCACCGCCAUGGAUUACCGAGCGCUGGUGAUGAGCCAGGUCGUGCCCGGGCAGUUCGACGAUGCGGACUGCUCGGACAGUGACUCUACAGAAGGCACAGAAACAUAUAAAGAGGGUGAGGCCCCUGAGAACUGCCAGUUAUGCAAGYGUGAAGAAGUUAAUGCUGAGGAARGGGAUGGUGGUGAUGACAACGACGAUGAAGAGGAGGAUGAUGACUGGGACUGGGAUGAUGAGGUGGGAAGACUCACAAAGCGCCACAGUGCUGCUGGUGGAUGCAAUCCACAGGCAAAUAGACAGACUCCUAAUUGCUCUUCAGCAAAACUGUCCACCCCUACAGGCAAGGUUUUAAGGAAAUUUGAACACAAAAUUAAUUUAGAUAAGCUAAAUUUUGAUGACUCCGUUAUAAACAGAGUCACAGAAAAGUCUCGACAAAAGGAAGCAGACAUGUACCGCGUCAAAGACAAGUCAGACAGAGCAACAGUAGAACAGGUGUUGGACCCAAGGACCCGAAUAAUUCUGUUCAAGAUGCUCUCUAGAGGUAUCAUAUCAGAAAUCAAUGGCUGCAUCAGCACAGGGAAAGAAGCCAAUGUAUAUCAUGCCAGUACUGCAAAUGGAGAGAACAGAGCAAUAAAGAUUUACAAAACCUCUAUUUUGAUGUUUAAAGAUCGGGAUAAGUAUGUGAGUGGUGAAUUCAGAUUUCGUCAUGGAUACUGCAAAGGCAACCCAAGAAAAAUGGUGAAGACGUGGGCUGAAAAAGAAAUGAGGAAUUUAAUAAGGUUGAAUACGGCCCAGAUACCUUGCCCAGAGCCAAUUAUGCUAAGGAGUCAUGUGCUUGUCAUGGGCUUUAUUGGUAAAGGUGAUAGGCCUGCUCCUCUGCUGAAGAAUGCUCAGUUAUCUGACUCCAAAGUCCGGGAGCUGUACUUACAAAUCAUCCAGUACAUGAGAAGAAUGUACCAAGAUGCCAGACUUGUUCAUGCAGAUCUCAGUGAAUUUAAUAUGCUGUACCAYGGUGGGGAUGUGUACAUCAUUGAUGUGUCUCAGUCCGUGGAGCACGACCACCCUCACGCGCUGGAGUUCCUGCGGAAGGAUUGUGCCAAUGUUAACGACUUUUUCCAGAAGCACAAUGUUGCAGUGAUGACUGUGAGGGAGCUGUUUGAGUUUAUUACUGAUCCUUCUAUCACAAGUGAGAACAUUGAUGACUACCUGUCUAAGGCAAUGGAAAUAGCAUCAAAAAGAACAGAGGAGGAAAGAUCCAGUCAAGAUAAAGUGGACGAGGAAGUAUUCAAGAAGGCCUACAUACCUCGAACUCUGACUGAAGUUAAAAACUAUGAGAGGGAUGUGGACAUAAUGAUGAAAUUGAAAGAAGAGGAUAUGGCAUUGAAUGUUCAGCAAGAUAAUAUUCUCUACCAGACUGUGACAGGACUGAAGAAGGAUUUGUCUGGUGUUCAGAAGAUUCCUGCACUUCUUGARAAGGCCGACAAUUCAGAAACAAACUCUGAUGAUGAUGAUGAUGGUGAUGAUGAUGACAGURGUGGUGGCAGCUCAGAGGACUCUGAUUCAGGCUGUAAAGAAUCUGUACAUCCCAAAGAUAAACCUGCUGAAGUUAGCAUAGACAAAAAGGAAAGGAAAAAGAUGGUGAAGGAAGCCCAAAGAGAAAAGAGAAAAAACAAAAUCCCAAAGCAUGUGAAGAAGAGGAAAGAAAAGACUGCAAAAAUGAAGAAAGGCAAAUAAAAUCAGCUUUGGCUCAGAGAAAGGGAUGAUGUGUUGUGGAUUAAUCAAUCACCAUCUUUUUUCUUUAUUAAAAAUUAAAAAUUCUUUAUUUAUGUACAUGCA